CCAUAGACAGCGAGGACUCCACACUCAACAUGGCGCCCAAGUUUUGCGUGCUCUACGUGAUGACGUAUGUUCAUGUUUUGACGUUGGCCGUCAGUGUGAACCGGAGCCAAGAGAUACCAGCAGCAGGGCUAGCGUUUUAUCACAGACUGAUCUUCAUCAUGGCAUUGAGAAGCGCUGUGGGCCGUCUCCUGAUAAACCCUCACAGAUGUGCCAUCGUCUCUGCUUCCAGAUCGCAGGGAACUGCAGCGCCUGCCAGACACGAUGCAGAGAAGACUCAGCAGAAGUCUAAAGCACCUAAGGUCCAGUUCAACUGGCGUGACGCGCUGGAUCUGGAGGGCCAGCUGACAGAGGAAGAGAUCAUGAUCAGAGAUUCCUUCCGGACCUACUGCCAAGAGAAACUCAUGCCUCGCAUCCUGAUGGCAAACAGACAUGAAGUGUUCCACAGAGAAAUUAUCUCUGAGAUGGGAGAGCUGGGUAUCCUGGGCCCAACUAUUAAAGGUUACGGCUGUGCUGGGACCAGUUAUGUGGCCUAUGGUUUGAUUGCCAGAGAAAUAGAGAGAGUGGACAGCGGCUACCGCUCAGUUAUGAGCGUGCAGUCGUCACUGGUCAUGCACCCCAUUAACGCCUAUGGCACGGAGGAACAGAAACAGAAAUACCUCCCCAAGCUGGCUCGUGGAGAGAUCUUGGGGUGCUUUGGCUUGACGGAGCCGAACCACGGCAGUGACCCGGCUGGCAUGGAGACCAGAGCCAAAUACAAUCCAUCCAGUCGCACCUACACUCUGAAUGGCUCAAAGAGUUGGAUCACCAACUCCCCUCUGGCAGAUAUCGCUGUAGUCUGGGCCAAAUGUGACGACGGAAAGGUCCGUGGCUUCAUCUUGGAGCGCGGCAUGAAGGGCUUCUCCACACCCAAGAUCGAAGGAAAGUUCUCCCUGAGGGCCUCGGCCACCGGCAUGAUCCUCAUGGACGAGGUGGAGGUCCCUGAGGAGAACUUGCUGCCGAACGUCUCCGGCCUGGGGGGUCCUUUUGGCUGCUUGAACAACGCUCGUUAUGGCAUCGCCUGGGGUUCCCUCGGUGCUGCAGAGUUCUGUUUCCAUGCAGCUCGUCAGUACACACUCGACAGAAUCCAGUUCGGUGUCCCGCUGGCGAGGAAUCAGCUGAUGCAGAAGAAAAUGGCAGACAUGUUGACAGACAUCACCAUCGGCCUUCAGUCCUGUCUGCGGCUGGGCAGACUGAUUGAUGAGAAAAAAGCAGCCCCAGAGAUGAUCUCCAUGCUGAAGAGGAACAACUGCGGUAAAGCUCUGGACAUCGCCAGACAGGCCAGAGACAUGCUUGGAGGGAACGGCAUCUCAGACGAGUACCACAUCAUCCGCCACGCCAUGAACCUGGAGUCUGUCAACACGUACGAAGGUACUCAUGAUAUCCACGCCCUGAUCCUGGGCAGAGCCAUCACAGGGCUGCAGUCUUUCACCGUGGACAAAUAGAUCCAUCUUCUAACUGCUGCUCCCGAUCAACAGGACUCUGUGUUGUAGAAGUUAAACUCACAUCUCAGCUCUGUUAAAUCACAGAUAACCUUUAUGAAUCGUCAUUUGUAUAAGGGAAAUGAUUGUUUUCUCUCAGGUUUGUAGAAAAUCCAUUUGAGUGCUUUAUUUAGAGAGAAAGAAGUAGCAUUUUAAGUUUGCUGCACAACCUGUGGACUGUUGUAAAGUGUAAUUAAUGCAAUUUCAACAUGAAGAGGACUAUUUUUCUACUCCCAGUCACAACUACAUCGGUUAUUACCUGUGUCUUAUUGUAUGGACAUUCAUCGGUAUUCAUUGUAGUGAAGUGUAACAGUGAGGUCAGGAUCUGAAACUCAUUGUGGUUACUGAUGUGUUCAUGGACAGCACUGCAAUUACAAAGCCACAAAUCAUAAACGUCCACAAUGUGUGAUUGCUUGUGAAGCUGUUUUGUUAUAAAUGUGUAAUUGUUCGGUAACCAUGGUGAUCACGUCUAGCACUUUACAGCCUCCAACACUAAAAUGUCUUUUGUUUGCAUGGUUUGCCAGAGAGCAAAGAUGAUUUUCAAAGCUUUGAAUAAAUAAAUUCUUGCAAAAAGG